CAUACCUUUACAAACGAAACCAAGGUAUGUAUGAGAAGAUACAGCAAUAACGCCAAUUAUAAGGACAUCGUACAACUGGAUUACCUGGUGAUUGGAGGUACGUAAACAAUAUAUCAAAACCUUGGUAAAGGCUGUAUGCUACAGUGUAUCAAGUACAUUUUAUGACAUGAAUCUUUGGAAGUUGUUUCACGGAGAGCUUUUUUUCUCUAAUUGAUGCUAUUUUUUUGUUGUCUCUUUUUUUGAGGAUUGUAGAUUUGGUUGACUGAGCUGAAAAACGGGAUCAUGUGCAUUGUUAUCCUUUUCUUAGAGUCGCCAGUGUUGUUGCAUCUACCUGCAAUGCAUCUUAUUGGCUUCUUAAAGCAGUUUCAGCUUGUAAAUUGGACGAAAGUUUUGUAGAAUCUAUACUUUUUUCUUGUAUCUAAAGUCACGUGUUCCUUAAUUUACGUUACAGUUUCUUAAUAUACGUUAGAGCCCCUUUGUUUCCGGGAGGCAUCCGAGUGAAGACUUGCACGAAUGGUGUGCCAAAGUGGCGGUAAAUUUGAACGUGUCAAAAAAUUCUCUUUAAUAACAUUGUGUUCAAAGCAAUUAUUUUUUUUUUCUCCACGUUCUCAUAGUAAUGUGCAUUUUCAAUUCUAAAAAAAUAACUUUUUAAGUUAUGGGCGCUUUAAAUCCAUCUGUUGUUAUUUGCUUAAUUAUCUUCAGACUUGGAUCCCUGCAUAGACGUUACGUGUUAUUAUCACAGCUUCUGUAAGGCGUUUGGACCCCAUGAUGCACGCUGUGUAUGUGUGGAUAGCUGCCCAUCUUACAAAGAUCCCGUUUGCUCAUCAAAUGGCACAACGUACGACAACAGAUGUUUGUUUGAAAGAGAAGUUUGUCUACAUCGACCAAACUUAACCGUUCAACAUCCUGGCAGCUGUGAAGGUUAGUACAAUUGUUUUUGAAUCUGUUAAAAAGUGAUUUUUCUUUUUAUUAGAUUUCAGUAUUAAUCCCUUAGUGAAUUUUUCGAAUGAGCUAUUUACUUACCCAUGUAAUCUGGAGGGAAAAACGGCGAUAGAUGCAUGACUUUAUGGAAGUACAGAAUUUUAUGUAAUUUUGCUAAAACGUUUGUCAUGCAAAGGAGCAAUGCUAGUAAGAAUACUGGUCAGAAAAAGUGGCGGAUACACUUAUAUUUAAGCAUUUUCAGUUAAUACUCAACGAAAUUAUUUGUUUUUUUUUAUAUAUGUAUCACUGAAAGAAAUUUAAAACUAAUUCUUCUGUCUGAGAGUAGUAGUAGUAGUAGUAGUAGUAGUAGUAAGUAGUAGUAGUGGUAGUGGUAGUGGUAGUGGUAGUGGUAGUGGUAGUGGUAGUGGUAGUGGUAGUGGUAGUGGUAGUGGUAGUGGUAGUGGUGGUGGUGGUGGUGGUGGUGGUGGUGGUGGUGGUGGUGGUGGUGGUGGUGGUGGUGGUGGUGGUAGUGGUAGUGGUAGUGGUAGUGGUAGUGGUAGUGGUAGUGGUAGUGGUAGUGGUAGUGGUAGUGGUAGUGGUAGUGGUAGUGGUAGUGGUAGUGGUAGUGGUAGUGGUAGUAGUAGUAGUAGUAGUAGUAGUCCUAGAGUUAUAUUUUUUUUUAAGCAUAACUGGAACUGAAUCUUUUCUUUGCGAGAAGUAGUAGUUACAGUGAAUGUUCACUUUCCUUUCCUUUAGCGCUUAUAGGCUUCACCAUUUGCCACCGUGUAGCUCUGCUCAGGAUGCAAGUUCUAAUCUCUCCACUGCUUGCCAUGCUAUUUACCUAAUGCAGCGACAAGCGAUACAUUGUCCGGUGUGAAGUUUCCCUGGACUUCUAUAGUAGAGAGUAACAACCCUCUUUAUUAGAACCACUCAUUUGCUGCUCUGUUAACAUUUUUAAGUUCUGGAUAAAUGCCCUUUGCUCCGCAUGCUUGUCAUACUAAUCUAUAGUUCAUCUUGAGAUGUGUUUUCUAGGAUUUCCUUUUCAGCGUGGUCGUCGCCACAUGCCACAUAUUCCAUCCUUGGGCUACUCUCACUGUCAUGCCAUUCAUUUCAAACCGUUUGUGUUUUACCCUGACAAACCCAUUCAAGUGCAGAUAACUGUCAAUCAUAUGGAUACCAGUGACAAAUCGUAUGUCCAUGACGCGGCAGUAUCGUGGGUUGAAAAUGUGAAUAACGACGGAUUCACUGCUUGUGUGAUGGCGGCAGGAUAUAACGAACGAAAGUCGUAUGCUAACGUGACAGUUGAUUGGAUGGCGUACCAAGGUGCUCCAGUGGGUGGCGUGACUGGUGAAGUGCGUAUGUCACAGUGGUGGACUGGUACGACUUGUGCGACUGUCAGGUUUCCUACAGUGAGUGGCCUUUGUUGGGCUUUCUUGUCCUUUCCAUUCUUUUCAAGAUCAUAUCUUUUGAAACGCCUCACUUCUACUGAGUUCACUCAGUUAAUAACAGAUCGUUUUCAAUAUGCAUCAGCAGUGAUUUGUCGUUCUGGUGCAGCCGUACACUUAUUACCAAUUAAUAGUCGAACAAUGUCACUGUAGUACAAAUUAUUCUUUUACCAAUUUCCAGCAUAUCAAAUGUCAUGGGUUCCUUUUUGCAAAAAUACGAAAUUAAUUCCUGUUCGUAGCUUUCUAAGAGUUGAGAGUUGCCUAACUCGCAUUUAUUUUUCAGGGAAAAUUCUCUGUGAUACCGUCGGUAUUUGUGACUGCCAAGCAUUACAAUCCAGGAUUAAAACGUGACGCAGCAAGCAUAUGGAUUGAAGAUGUCACACAAUCAUCCUGCAAAGUUUGCUUGAGAGAAUUGCAAAACUACGCUGGAUCACACCAAGACGUUGUUGUUGUAAGUAAUGCUAAUCUCAUGCAGUCGAACGAACAGCGUUUUUCUUUGGAAACUAAGUGCAGCAGACUGGUAUCUUUCUCCAUCUCAUCUUUUCGCUUUUUUACGCUUCCAGCAGUUGGUCCAGCAGAGAUGCACGAUUUUUUGCUUGAAAAUAUAUUUCCCUCCAUCUGUUUCCUCUUCAUCCGGCUUUGUCAACCUGACCAUGUUAUUGCUUUCUUGUAAUUAACCUAAGAUGUCGGUGGCUGUUUUAUAUAAACCUUGUUGAGAGAUUACCAUUUAUAUUUUAUUUUCGACGUUGACACAAUCUUUUGGUAGUUAGGACGUGAGACUGAAAAAGAAUUCUUUCUUUCUAUUCUUAUUUAUUUAUUUACUUUAUUUCAGAAUUGGUUAGCGUUUUCAUAUCUUGACGAGCCUCCCUUCUCAGAACACAAUUCGAUUUACUUUUCGAAUGAUAAACCUCCCGCUCAGAGUCAUUAUAAUGCCUUCUGCAAGGUCAGUAUUCCAGUCCUUUCAUUAGUCUUAUUGGUUUCAAUUCCCGUCACAGUUCACUUAAUUUUAUUGAAUAAAUUUACUAUCAGAGAGCAAAAGAAAACGGUUGCCCUAUCCUGUCUCUAGUGAUGGUAGUUGCAUUUAAUCAGUUUAGCAGGCUGCCUGUCAUACUUCAGUGAAUAUUUAAAAUGAAAAUUAAAUAUAGAUUAUAAAUGCCCUAAUGCGGAACAAGUCUUUACCUUUAUAUAAAUGUCAGAGACUGAAUUUUUACAAUUAGGUAAUUUCUUUUGACAGGAGGCUACUUUUACUAAAGUUUAUAACUCAACUCCACAUGUGUUUGUUUCUGCCAAUCAUUCCACCAAAAAUGGAAGUCAGAGUCCAAUUCAUAACAGCAUAGCUGAGUGGGUAGAGGUAUGUUUUUAGUUAUUUAUUUAAUUAUUUUCUUUUCAUUUAUUUUAUGAAUUUGUGUAACAUACCACUUGCAACCACACUUACAUGUGUUGUGUGCAUGUUUAAAAACCUUACGAAAAUACGAAUGACUGUAAUUAACACUCUCUAUUUUACAAUACAGAUAGCGUUCUAUUGAGAAUAACAGCUUAUAGAACACAAAACGUGCAAAAAAACAGCUCAAAAGUUAAAUUUUAUCCGUUUAACUAGCGAUCAGGAAUAACCCUUGGCUAGUAAAAUGGCCAUGAAUUAUGGAAAGUCGUUAAAACUGUGUUUAAAAAAAGCUGUGUAGCUGUAUGGCGGAAGGUAAGCAAAUGUUGUCAAACAAACAGCAAUGAGAAAACUAAAAUUGAUGUUACGCAAGAGAGAAUGAGCUAAGAGAGCGAAUCCCUGUACCCCGUGAUGAUUAUUUGAAAUCUAUUGAAAGUUCGCACGCGUGCGAUGAAGGUUAUUUUUAUAUGCUGUUUCCGUGACCCGCGCGGUCUACUUUCCCGUGAACGCGACAUAUUUCGCCUCCAAACAUUUGACAGCAGUUGACCAAUUAUCGCAUGAGAGGUUUAAGUUGUUGACACGUAAUAACGCGCACUCAAUUGUCCUCUUUCCUCUUCCCUUUGAAGCCCUGUCAUGCAAACUUCUUGAACAGGGUUGAUCACUUCUUAACAUGCGUCAAACUGAGAAAUAUGGAAAGUCUUCUGGUCAAGACCUACAUGAACUGUUCUAUAGUUUUUUUUCUACUAGCAAGGGAGAAAAUACGCCGUCAGCCGUCUGUGUGAACUACUUAAUGAGCUGAUAAACAUCCCUUUCUUGCAGUACAUCAACAAGACAUGCUUUCGUGCUUGUGUCAAAGAAUUAUAUGAAGCAAAAUAUGACCCAUUGUCAGUAACGUACACAGUUUUGUCAGGUACUACUGCUACAAAACUAAUCAUAAACUUCAGUACUUACCAACUCUGUGAAUAACGAAAAAGCAAUACAAGCAAUACACAAAAGGAAUGCACAAAAACUGGAGGAAAUAAAAAAAAUGCAUUCGGGUGAUGAUAAAAAACAACGUUCAUCCCUCUUUCCAAAUACAUAUUAAUGUGUAUAAUGGAGUGCUUUAUAAUACUUGCAGUUGUUUUUGUCUUAUGUAUUGCCUUUAUUUUGUCCUGAACACAAAGCUUCUCCUUUUCCAUUUCCUUUUUUAAUCACAAAAACCGGAAAUAACAAAUAUGUUCGAAGUAGAUAACUGCACCUCAAGCUAUACAUUUUAAGCAAUGUCAUUUUGCAGUUCAUUAAUUCCUACUUUGUAUACGCACAGACAUCUGUCCAUCUGGAUGGGAUUACUUCAAUGGAUACUGCUAUUUAACAAGCUCUGUAUGCGCACCUUGGGUGACUGCUGUGUCCAACUGUUCAACUAUGAACUCACAUCUGGUAACAGUGCACAACCAAGAAGAAAAUGUCUACAUUCAGCACCGUCAUAAUGGAGAGCGAUCAUGGAUUGGACUUAAUGACCGAAGCGUUGAGGGAUCAUUUGUCUGGAAAAACAAGGAAAUAACCAGUUUUCGGUUCUGGGCUCCGCAACAACCAAACGACUGGAAAAACGAAGACUGUGUUCACACUCUGGGUGCCAAUGAUGGCUACACUUGGAACGAUGUGUCCUGCGAUAACUGCUAUAACUUUACUUGUGUUCAAGGUAAAAGCGGUCAUCAGGUUCGUUUUACAACUUACAUUAAAUGAUCUGUUAGUUGGCACCUGAGGUAAUCUUAUCUUCUGCAAAGGGUUGUGGUUCACUUCAAUAUUUUAUGCUACAAAUGUAGCCAAAACGACAACAAAACCACCCAAUGUUAGCGCGCAUGAAUGUAGUAUCAUCUUUCAGUCAUAGUUGGUAGAGAAGACUGGUUAUGAAAGCUGGCAAACGGAAUCAAAGCUUAAGAUUUUAACAUAGGUGCUGCAGUUUAUGUUGGUAGCUAUCUUCUUUUUUUCUCACAAAAUGCGAAUGAAUAAAGUUAGGCAAUGUUUUUAUCGCCUGUGUACAGACCCCCCUUGCCCUUUUUGAGGGGAGGGGGCGUCCGUACACAGGCUACGAUUUUAUUGGUGAAAAGGAUCAAAAUGAUAGGAAUGCUAUUGAACUUUUCACAACGUCGGAUGAGUCCAAAAAAGGUAACCAAAAAAACCAUAUAUACUGGUUUAAUAAAGACGUUUGUAGGGCUUCGAAGGCACUCCACUUUUAUUAACUAUUUUUCAGUUUAUGUUUCAAACCUGACCGACUAUGUCAAGGUACAAAUGGGCUCGCGACCGAGCUUAUUAGGCAGUUGUUAAGGUGUCAUAACGUGAGGUGGAAGCAUUGUGUCCAGUGUUUGGUAAAAUUCAAAGAAAUUUCGCUUUUUCUUUUCAAGAGUUUUAUGAUGAAUUCAAGUUGAGAAUAUCAUUUCAGAAAAUAAGCACUUAGCAAGGUUAUCAACUAUAGAACAUGUGAGUGAAUGAAACACUGUGAUUUCUUUUAGAAAUUGACGAAUGCACAACUAACUAUCACAGAUGUAAUGUGAAUGCUGCUUGCCAGAAUACUGCGGGCUCAUACAAAUGUACUUGCAAAGCUGGAUACUCUGGAAAUGGCCGCAAAUGUGUUGGUAAGUACUGAAGUUUGCUUUAAAUGCCUUCCAUAUUUUGCCCUUUUGUUCGCAAACUGAUCAACUUAGUUGUCCUCUGUUCUGAUUUUAUUUAUAGACUAAAUAAAUAUGCUUUAUAGUGUAUACACAGAACUGUUAUGAUUUUUUGUGGUCAAAACUUUCUAAUUAGCCCUUAGUGGGUAUUUAAUCGGAAUUUUAAGCAGUAAAAGAAUAUUUGCACUAAUGUGUGGAACAACCUUUUACACGAAUUUUCAUUCCUUCAAUCGAAACAAUUACGAACUUCCGUUUGGGGACAUAUUUGUUUUGACUUUAAGAACUUCACUGGUAAUAACGUAAAAGUUUGAGUUGAUUUCAAAAAGACUCGAAAAUGAAAAUUUCACUUUUAGGCCUCAAGGUCGCCCCAAUUCAGACUGUCUUUGUUUUUAGAAAUCGACGAGUGUAAGAGCAAAACCCAUAACUGUAACAAAAAUGCGUUAUGUAAGAACUCUGAGGGGUCUUUUACUUGCACCUGCAAUCGCAGUUACAAGGGAGAUGGAAAGAAGUGUAGAGGUAUCUAUCUAGCGCUCUUUAAAGGUGGCUUUCCAGCGUCGCGUAAUUUUUACGUGCGUAGGCUCUUUAGUUUUAAGUACGUAUAUAAAAUAACGGCUAUGUAUCAAAGGUUGUGCGUAAACGUAAAACUUGAACCUCGCUCAACUUUUACGCACGGCCUUUCAUACAUUGCCUCCAGGGCCCUGACUACCUCUAUUAUAUUUAUGCGCGUACAUUUUACGUGCGUACGCACAUGAAUAUCACGCGGCAGUGGAAAUCCACCCUAAGUUCUUGAUCACCUAACGAUAUAGUUUAUACAUCCAGCACGUGCGUUCAUUCCAUUGCUUGUAUUUAUUCUCCCUGGCACCGGUUGUUCAAACGCUGGAUAGCGCUUUGCAUCAGAUAAAUCACUACACAGUGGAUAAGUAUUAGUAAAACUGACUGCGCUAUCUACUGGAUGGUGAUUUAUCUAGCGGCUAGCCUUAUUCAGCUUUUGAACAAAUUGUCAGGUAAUUUUAUAACACUACCAUAGCCACACAAUCCGUCGCGUUCAUCUGUAACGUAGAUUUAAAAGAAUAGAAUGUAAAGGAAGAAUUAUCAGUUUACUUGCCUUCUAAAGGUAAAAUAAAUGCAGUUUAUGAUUUUCAUUUAGAUAUCGACGAGUGUACAAGCAAAAUCCAUAAAUGUGACAGAAAUGCGUUAUGUAAGAACACUGAAGGGUCUUUCACCUGCACCUGUAAACCCAAUUACAAGGGAGAUGGCAAGAAGUGUAAAGGUAAAUAUCUCAGUACAACACGCAAUUAUCGCAUUCUCUGCUUUUAAUUUAUUAGACUGAGGCAAACACAUUUGUCGUGGAUUCUUAGCUGUGAACUGGAAUUAGCCUACAGUACGUACAGGCUUAAGCCGGGAAAUCUGUUCACAUGCAUUAUUAUUUUUAAUGAUUUUCCUCCCUAGUAGCCUCAACUCUAAAUUACUUCUACUUCCAGCAACAGGAAUCACUGCUCAUCUGAAUGAAUAAAGCAAGAUCCGGGAAGCCGUUUACCUGUAUAUUAUUAGUCAGAUUUUGAGUCUCUUUUCACAGUUGAUCUGUAAUGUUGAUAUCUAUUUUGUUGUAGCGACACGCGGGCUGUUUUCCUACGAUCCCGCUCAAUCCUGCAAAGAAAUCAAGGACUUAGGUAUCUCCAAUGGCGACGGGGAGUACUGGAUUGACCCUGGAAGGACUAAUAGUCCUUUUAAGGCAUAUUGUGACAUGACAACUGACGGAGGUAUGGUUUGAGUUGAAGCUAGGGGAAACCCAUUUUUCUAAAGUAAGUUCAGGAAAUUCUAAAUACCUACCUUGAUCUAAUACCUAAAAACAUGGCCAAAACAGCAAAACUACAUCUCAUACUUGAAGAAUAUCUUCAAGACAAAGCAUCCCCUUGGAUCCUGAAUUUGCCGAGGAACAGGAACGUGAAAUCCAUCAGUUUAUCAAUUUUUCUUAUAACUGUUAAGUGUUACCAUGGAGAAGUUGUUUGAAUGAAUAAUAAUAUGCAUUUUUUGCGCCAAGCCUCGUUUUAGUAUCAAUUUCACACUAGCAAGCGCCUAGCGAGUCACGAAUUUCUUAGUCUCAGGUUCCUAGUUCUGUACAGUACCGCAAACGAUCCUCAAAGUAGACCGUAAAUGAUCCCCAUUGUCGACCACAAGCGGAUCCCGUGAAAAGUAGAGGACUGGAAUACUGUUUUAGGCAUGGAUGGUGAAUGUGCUGAGAGUUUGCACAUCGCGUAGAACAAUGAAUAAAUAAAACAGUUUCUUUUUGUACUUUUUUCUCCUUUCGUUAUUCAAGCAUUUGAUGUUUCGUUGCUGUGAAGAUUUAGGACAGGAAGGACGUUAAGAAGGAAAUUUUUCUUUCAUUUUAACGCCUAGGAAUAGGGAAAUAUGACCCCGGAAUAUGAUCCCUGUAUUUAUCACACUGUAGAGGUUUUUGGUUUAUUUCGAAAUACGCUUAGCAACUACAACUAGUGAAAAUGAUGCGUCUAGUGGUAAGGACCCUGUCGGCGCAAACCUGUAUAUUCAUUUUCCGUGUCUUUACUGCUGGAGACACAGACAGUUACAAAGAUACAACAUUAGGGAAAGAGAAACGAAGGAACGAUUAAGUGGAACAUUUUGUACCCAUGAGCAAAGAAUUAUCUUAAUGGGGUUCAGUGUACUAGAGCGAGCUUUUAUCUGGGGUCGUUUUCAAAGAUUUUCACGGUUACAAAAGUUAUCAUUUUCUAAAGUUCAUACGAAGUAUCCGACAGAUCGGAUUUGAGCAAUUUUUUCUUAUUGCAUCUAAUUUUUCUAUAGUAUGUGAGGUUUAGUUCAGUUAAGCUUUAAUGUUAACCAGCAAUUAAGCAGAGCUAUUGUUUUACUGGUUGCAUUUAAGUUCUUUUUUUGUUUGCAUUUAUUUGUGUAAUGUUCAAGGUUUCUUUCUUUUUCAGUCUUGGCCUUUAUUUGUUAAAUUAAUUCAGUUGAAUUAAUUCGUUUUGUUGCGAUAAUAAACGUGACACGAUGAACCAGUAACUUAGAAGUCCAGGCCAUUCUCGGAUUUUCCUCUCGGGAUCAUUUGCGGUCGACAAUGGGGAUCAUUUGCGGUCCAUUUUGGGGGAUCAUUUUCGGUCUGAGGACCACUUACGGUCACGCGGGAUCAGUUGCGGUACUGUACAGUUCGCCUGAGUAAUAUUGUAAAACAUUGAUAAAGUUCACAGCCGGGUAGCCUCCCAGGUUUUUAGGGGUUCGUCACGCGUUCCUGCCCAUGGGAGGCUACAUCUGGGUUUCCGCCGUGUGAAUUAUUUUGAACUGAACAUUACUGCUUGUUUUGGCCCACAUGACUUGAUAAACCAAAUGCAAUGAUAAACAUUUAUCGAAUUUCAGGGGGAUGGCUUCUUGUAUCCAACGUUGUUUCGCACGGUUCAUCUCCCACUCAGUUGCCAGUUAAGACAUCGUACCGCGGAGUAAGCAGCAAAGAGAUGGUACUUACAAAAAGCGCCAUGAAGGAGCUGAGGAAGCACUUGUAUUUCACUCGGAUAAGAUUCCGCUGCAAAAAAAGAGGAGGUCGUACAUUUCACAUCACCACGGCUGCUAACAGCAAAGGUGAGGCUGCUGUGAAAUACUUCAGUGGUGAGACAGAUGUGAUGCCUGCCUCUUGUGGCUCGUUUGUGAUCAUGAGCAAUGAUAACUCGCGGUUAGCAAGAACCUGCAAGGAUUGGGGAUACCAAAGAGGUUCUUACAAAGUUGGCAAAUGGGGGCAUGAAAGAGAUCAGGAUCGAUUAUACAACCACGCUGCUUUUGUAAUGGCAGCUUACCACUGCUGGUUUCUUACACCAUCUGGCAGGUGGGAAUGCGACGAUUAUAAUGUGGGAGUGUCCCCUGGCGAUUUUUGGAAAGUCUUUGUGCGAUAGGAAGUCACCAUAACGGA